AACACAUUAUCGGACGUAAAGAAAAAGAUUUAUUUUUCCCUCACUAAACAGUAACCAAGCAAAAUUUGCCUUUGAAGUAUAUCAGCAAAAUUAUUCGUAUUUUAAACAGUUUCUUUCAUUAUUAACCAAAUCAUUCAAAGUAAUUUUAAAAAAGUUGAAAAAAUGUUAAGGCCUAUGAAAAUGGUAUUUUCAAAUUGUGUUCGACGUACGUUAGUGACCACUGCCAAAGCAGCUCCUACCGCUGCGAAGCAGAUGACCUGCAGAGAGGCACUUAAUUCAGCCAUGGAUGACGAAAUGGAGCGAGACAGUCGCGUCUUUUUGAUGGGUGAAGAAGUGGCUCAAUAUGAUGGCGCUUACAAGGUCUCGCGCGGUUUAUGGAAGAAAUAUGGUGAUAAACGUGUGAUUGACACUCCCAUCACCGAAAUGGGAUUUGCUGGUGUAGCUGUAGGUGCAGCCAUGGCUGGACUGCGCCCGAUAUUGGAAUUCAUGACAUUCAAUUUUUCCAUGCAAGCCAUUGAUCAGGUUAUAAAUUCAGCGGCUAAAACAUUCUACAUGUCAGCGGGGCAGAUCAAUGUCCCAAUUGUAUUCCGCGGACCCAACGGGGCUGCUAUGGGCGUGGCAGCUCAACAUUCUCAAUGUUUUGCGGCUUGGUAUUCCCACGUUCCCGGGCUUAAGGUUGUAUCACCCUACGAUAUUGAAGACUGCAGGGGUUUAUUAAAAUCAGCUAUACGUGACCCUGAUCCAGUUGUGGUUUUAGAAAACGAGGUUUUGUAUGGUGUUCCUUUUCCAGUUAAUCCUGCGAUCAUGGAUAAAGACUUCCUAAUCCCAAUAGGCAAAGCAAAAAUAAUGAAACCUGGAAAACAUGUGACGGUGGUUGGUCAUUCUAGAGCAGUGGAGACCUGUCUAUUAGGGGCUGUAGAAUUGGCCAAGAAAGGUAUUGAAGUCGAAGUUAUUAAUUUACGUUCUUUGCGUCCUUUGGACACAGAAACGAUUUUUAACUCAGUGAAGAAAACACAUCAUUUAGUAACUGUAGAACAGGGCUGGCCCCAAAGCGGAAUUGGUGCUGAAAUCUGCGCACGCGUUAUGGAGGAUGAAACAUUUUUUCAUCUAGAUGCACCGGUGUGGCGCGUAUGUGGAGUUGAUGUGCCUAUGCCUUAUGCUAUAACAUUGGAAUCAGCCGCAAUUCCUAAAGCAGUUGACGUUGUGGCAGCCGUAACGAAAGUUCUAGGAAAAAAAUAACCUAAACAUUUUCUCCUGGAAACUUUCAUUUGGAAGUAGUAACACACGAAAUGCACGAAUCAGAGAAUAUCAAUGAAAGUAGGUUCUUAAUAAAAAAAACGAAGUUACCUUAAUGCAAAA